UUGCUUUGCUCUUCCAUUUGCAUUCACUUCCACAGUAUCCUCUUGCUGUGUGCUCUCCUCCGACACGGACCCAAGGCACAUAAGUACAAUGACUGCUUGAUUUUGCUCACUUUUGCUCACUUUUGCUUCCGUCUUCCAAGGACGUUACUAUAACCUGAGCUCCAUCUUCGCCUCGUACGGCGCAUCAAUCAGACAUCUGUCCUGAGAGCGGCCCUUCGCACUUACCUCAAAUAGCUAUAGAAUUGUAAUUCGGUACUAUUUGGACUUGUGGUGACGUGUGCCGGCAGAAUGGCUGCGAACGGAUUGAAGAUGGAGCCUGGCUUUGUGAAGGACGAGCCGAGCAUGGACGACCUUGACAUGGCCGACAUUGACGAGGUCGGCGGCUACGAGGACGACACUGGAGAGCUCAUAUUCCCCAAGACGCUUUCGACUGGUUGGCUAGUGCGCGUUCCUAAGGAUCUGUGGAACAUGCUAUCAACGCUGGACGAGGAGCAGGAAAUCGAGAUCGGUCAAAUCAAGAUCUGGGAAAAUACAGACCCGAAGGGCAAAACAACAGAGACGAUACGGCUGCAGCUUAACUCGCAAAUAGCGAACAAGGACCUCACAUUAGUGCCAAAGCAAUACGAUCUUACAAGUCAGGUUUCUGCUCCGAAAAACACGUUCGUCUUCAGCGAAAAGAACUUACCCGGUUUCCGGCCACGAUAUCUUGGCGGUGGUCGCGGCAUCUCAAAUAGUCAAGAUGCUCUUCACUCCGUCAACUCCCGCGAAUCAUCUGUCAAGGUCGAGAAGCCCCGGGGACCACGUACAAUCCCAAAACGCACAGAGUACCUUGGCGCUGCUAACAAAGAACUGAUAUGCACGCCACGCGAUACACCAGAAUAUCGGAAGAUUGAAAGCCUAAAGCGAGCGAAGGACGCGGUGGCACGCACGGCAUUCAUAAAUGAUGAGUCCGUUGCGAGACAGCUACAACACCAGGGCAUGCAAGCUUCGGCCAACGAAGAGACAUGGAUCAACACGGGCUACAAUGCUCUGGCGAAGAAACGUGCACAGGAAAAUAAGGCCACGCGUAUGCCCGAGUACGAGCUCAUCGAUGCUCUACAGGGCGCCUUCCAAGAGUACAAAUUCUGGCCCAUGUCUGCGCUCAAGAAGAAGUUUGCGCAGCCAGAGGCUUGGCUUAAAGAGGUGCUGGGUAAGAUUGCUGUUCUGGUGAGAACGGGACAGGCGGCGAAUUAUUACAUGCUUCGCCCGGAGAAUCAGGGCAUCGGUGACGAUCUGGAAAUUCCUGCGGAAGUUGUGAAAACAGAAGAAUUGGCACCAGAAGUGAAGGCGGAGGACGGAGAAGAGGAAGAUGAAGACAUGGAUUUUGAAGACGUCGCUUAGUGCUAAGCCCUUCACAGAGUGCACGGCGAUGGCGCACAUGAAUGACACUGCAGCGAUGCACUGGACUAGACUUCUGAGUACGCAGCACAUUUUCGAGAUCCAUUUUCUGUGCUGGCGAUGCAUCGCCAAGAUGUUGAUGGCAUACCCAGCCUCUUGAGAGAAUGGGGCAUAAUCGGCAACCUGAAGGAAGCGUGUAAAAGCUGGAGGGCUUACACCAUCUUCGCUCGUCUUUGAUACCCGGCGAACCGUAAUAUCGAGGGGGAAUAAAUCGGAGCCAUAAUUGGCAUGAAGGAUUGUCCUUCAUGUAGGUGUUUGUCUUGCUUAACUUUAUUCUCUGAGGCAUAUUUCGAAUCAGCAGGCCUGAGCAUAGCGAUUGUAACGCGCGACAUCUUGAAAAUUAAAAUUUGAGUGGGCAACCUAUCUUCCAAAUUCUGGAUAUCUCAACCUCGAUUUGAUUUCCCGAGCUCGGCAAAUAGAACGUUAGCUUGAUCAUACGAAGGGGUUGAGCACUAUCAAGGAAAUUUGUUCAAGCAACUGGCUUCUUCAAAAGAAAACAACACUGCACUGGUUCUACUCAGCAUCAAAAGGACGACUGCCAUAACAUUCGCAUAGGUUGGGACAAAAUACCAUGUGAGAGGCAUCCUGGGCCAGAAUUCUGCUGUACCAAGUUUCAUACAUAUAUGAGUAUCUCUUCAAUCACGUCUAAAAUCGCGGCCGCAUAUCAGGAUUCCCGGUCUAGCUAGGUUAAUAACCGGAUUGAUAUCAGUAUGUGCAUAGGUUACAGCUCCUUGAUCAAUGAAAAGUUCUUAAAAUCUUUAUCCUCACUGACUAUACAAUGUUGGUAUACAAUCAAACUCCAUCCCUUCCCUCAUUGACGAGCAAAGUUGGGCCUAUGUAAAUUGGG